GGAGCACCCCUGCGCGCGCGGAGAGGACGCCCCGGGAGUCUGCAGCGCGCGCUCCCUGCGCCGGACGGGCCGCGAUGGAGCCGGCCGUGUCCCUGGCAGCGUGCGCGCUGCUCUUCUUGCUCUGGAUCCGGGUGAAGGGGCUGGAAUUCGUCAUCAUCCACCAGCGCUGGGUGUUCGUGUGCCUCUUUCUGCUGCCGCUGUCCUUCAUCUUCGACAUCUACUACUACCUGCGCGCCUGGGUGGUGUUCAGGCUGAACAGCGCGCCGCGCCAGCACCGCCAGCGGGUUCAGCACAUUCAGAAGCAGGUGCGAGAAUGGAAGGAGGAAGGGAGCAAGACCUUCAUGUGCACGGGCCGGCCUGGCUGGCUCACGGUGUCGCUGCGUGUCGGCAAAUACAAGAAAACCCACAAAAACAUCAUGAUCAACCUGAUGGACAUCCUGGAGGUGGACACCAAGCGGCAGAUCGUGUCUGUGGAGCCUCUGGUCACCAUGGGGCAGGUGACAGCUCUGCUGAAUUCGGUCGGCUGGACUCUGCCAGUGCUCCCGGAGUUGGACGACCUCACAGUAGGGGGCCUGAUCAUGGGCACGGGCAUCGAGUCCUCGUCCCAUAGGUUCGGCUUGUUCCAACACAUCUGCACGGCCUACGAGCUAGUCCUGUCGGACGGGAGCUUCGUGCGGUGUACGCCGACAGAGAACUCGGACCUGUUCUAUGCCGUGCCCUGGUCCUGCGGCACACUGGGCUUCCUGGUCGCGGCGGAGAUCAGGAUCAUCCCUGCCAAGAAGUACGUGAAGCUGCACCUGGAGCCUGUGCGCGGCCUCCGGGAGAUCUGCGCCAAGUUCACCGAGGAGUCCCAGCGGAAGGAGAACCAUUUCGUGGAGGGCCUGCUAUACUCCCUGGAGGAGGCGGUCAUCAUGACAGGAGUCAUGACAGACGAUGUGGAGCCCAGCAAGCUGAACCGAAUUGGAGACUACUACAAGCCCUGGUUCUUCAAGCAUGUGGAGGAGUACCUGAAGAAGGACCAGAAGGGCCUGGAGUACAUCCCCCUGCGGCACUACUACCACCGCCACACGCGCAGCAUCUUCUGGGAACUCCAGGACAUCAUUCCCUUCGGCAACAAUCCCAUCUUCCGCUACCUCUUUGGCUGGCUGGUGCCUCCCAAGAUCUCCCUGCUGAAGCUGACUCAAGGCGAGACCCUGCGCAAACUGUACGAGCAGCACCACGUGGUGCAAGACAUGCUGGUCCCCAUGAAGGUUCUGGAGAGGGCCAUCCAGACCUUCCACAACGACCUCCACGUCUAUCCCAUCUGGCUGUGCCCCUUCAUCUUGCCCAGCCAGCCAGGCAUGGUGCACCCCAAGGGGGAUGAGACGGAGCUUUACGUGGACAUCGGGGCCUACGGCGAGCCGCAGGUGAAACACUUCGAAGCCAGGUCUUGCAUGAGGCAGAUGGAGAAGUUUGUCCGCAGCGUGCAUGGGUUCCAGAUGCUGUAUGCCGACUGCUACAUGAACCGGGAGGAGUUCUGGGAGAUGUUCGAUGGGUCGCUGUACCACAGGCUGCGCAAGGAGCUGAACUGCCAGGAGGCCUUCCCAGAGGUCUUUGACAAGAUCUGCAAGGCGGCCCGCCACUGAGCCCACCCUCCCGCCCGCGCCCCGGACCCCCGGGGCCCGGCCUCGGCCUCCCACCCGCCCGUCUUUCAGUAGCCUUCUCUUGUAAUGGAAAGGGCCCGCCCUUUCCUCUGCGCCCUUGUCAGCGAUCCCCAAAAGCCCCCAAACCCCGAGUCGCAUGGAAGCACUUUGGAUUGCUCUGACCAUUGCUUAUGAGGCUCAGGAAGGUGCCUUCAGAGCCACCCUGCACGCUCCUCGGGGCGAGGGGCAUUCCCAGGGACGUGGAAGCGCUCCUUCUGCGGGCAGGUGGGCUCGGCCGGCUUCCGCCCCCUCGGUCGGCUUCCGCCCCCUCAGCGGCUUCCUCCCGCCGUGUCUCCAAGCGCUUUCUCACCCAAGCAGCAGCAAAAGGAUGACCCCGUCGCCUACCAUCCAGCAGAGGCUUCCACAGAGCCCCAGAGGAUGGAGCGGGCCUUCAGUGCCUUGCAUGUAAUGGGCACUUAAUGCCAGGGCAAUCUCUGUGCCUCUGACUGAAGGGACUCGGCCCUGGAGCCAUUUACCCGAGGGAGUGGGGAUCUCCAGAGGUUGCCAGAGCACAGGGGAGUGUAGCAGUACUGGCCCCUCUUUAUCCUUUUGAAGCCUUCCGGGGCCUGCUUUAACCUUGCUGGAGCCUGCCAUCACCCUGCUGGGGCCGGGCUGGCCUUGCCCAAGAAGUCUGGCCCAGGUGACUGGGUGCUGCCUGGUGCAGCCCCUCAACCCCCGCAUGAAACCAACCAACAGUAUUCUCUCACGGCUUCUCCGCCCUGGUUGUCCCUCCUCCCGCCUCCUCUUAAAAGUGGCUGAUCACAGUUCAUUUCAGUGCCUUACAGAAAUCCUAAGCCCGGCUCCAGCCGGGAAGAGUUCCUGUCUCCCCUUCCCCGGGAGCAGACCCCUCCCAAGAGGUACCCACCCUCGCUCUCACCAGUGGCACUUCAUCCUUAUUUAUGCAAAGCUUGUUUUAGGGACUCCCUGGCACAAGUAGAAUCCAGAUUGGACAAGGCUGAACUGGACCCAAGAUCGGCUGGGGGGGGAGGGGAGGGGCACAGGGCCUCUGGGCCACACGACCCCCCAAGGCCUCUGUUUUCCAGAAUUCCCUCUCCCUCGGGUCUGAAGGCUGUGAGAACCACCUCGAUGUGUUGUGGGAGCCCCGCUCGCCCGGGGCCGCUCGUCUUGGCUGAGUCAUUGUGGCCCAGAGGGCCCAGAAAUGCUGCCCACCUCGGUGGUCGUGGCCCCUGGGGUCUGGUCUCCAAGCAUUCUCCCAUGUGUCUUAACCACACGGUCUAUGCAUUGCUUAGAACACUGUUGGCGCUCUGAUAGGAAAGGGAUGACCCUGGCCCCGAAGGACCUCGGCCUGUUCCCUGGGGAAGCCAAUGAUUCUGCUGGCGCAGAGGAGGGCUUCUCAGCAGGAGCGGGACCUGCCCGGUGCCCGGGCUUUGGCCCGUCCCCUCCUGCAGCCUGGGACACGGACGGGAAGAGGCGCCCCGGAUUCCGCCAAGUGACCGGAAGCCUCCAAGAGCCCUCAAAUUUGGAGAGUCCACAUGGCCUCUAGAAUUGGAAAGCAGUUUGUCUUAGAAUUUGCCUCAGGUUCCUGCUUCAUUUCAGUGUAACUCCCUGGAGACCGACACAUAAGUCACUUAGAGCAACUUCUGUAGUGGGAGCCAGUCACACUUGGUGUCCAGCGUUCUGCAGUUGUGUUUCCUUCUAGCUUUGACAUCAUCUGGUCUAACCCCUCUCCCAGUUCUGACAUCCCCGUUCUAAGCUCCUCCCAGCCCUGACUUUUCCUGUUCUAAGCCCCCUCCCCGCUCUGACAUCCCCCAUUCCAAGCCCCCUCCUAACCUUGACAUUUCCCAUUCCAAUCCCCCUCCCAGCUCUGCCCUUCCCUGUUCUAAGGCCUCUUGGCUUUUUCACACAUUCUGGGCUCUAAAGCAGAGAUGUGUUAACUUGAGCCCAGUUGCCACAAGACUCCUGAGCGGGGCCCAAACCAGAUUAAAAUGUAAUUGAGAAAUAUCCAGCCAAGGAAGGAAAAGUCCAGCACAGCUAAGGUUAGUUUGUGGUUUUCUAAGUCCUCGGUGCAGCUUGCCAGGUCUGAAGGCCGGCCCCGUUCUCCCUCCCAGCCCUGAUGUCCUUGUCCCAGUUCAGCCCGUCCUGAGACUGCUCACUCUCCCUCUUGGCACAUUUUCUGGCCUAACAUUGUGAACUGCUGAGCUCCCUCUCCACUGUGACAUGUUCUGUGCCCUGCUCCGGGGAGGAAACACUGCAUUGUGUCCCUCUGCCGUGAGGCCUUCUGCCCUUACUGACUAGAGUCCGGCCCAGGGCACAAUGGGAAGCCAGGGCAGCCACUUGUAGGUCUAUGACCAGCAGAGGUUGUUGCAUUUGGGGGUAAGGUGGGGGGUUGUGGAGGGGAGUUGGGGGAGCUUGUGGGGAGCCUUUGGGCCCUGAAUCCUGGGAACUCCUGUCUCACUGAUGUGUUUGUGUGGCUGUUGUCAAAAUAAAGUACCUCGGGAACCACUGA